AUUUUUCUCACGCCAGAAGGCUCACCAUGCGCCCCGUCAAGUAACAAGCCGACUCCGUGCGAUUCAUCGUCGCCACGCCAGAAGACCAGGGAGGCCUUGACUCCGGACUUGACAAUUAUGUCUUCGGUUCGCAUUCUACUUAUCGGAAAUGGUGGGCGCGAGCACGCCCUGGCGUGGAAGCUGAGCCAGUCGCCUCGCGUCGAGUCCAUCGUCGCCGUCCCGGGCAACGGAGGCACCGCCGGCCUGCCCAAGGUCACCAACGACACGAGUGUCGCCGCCGACGACUACGAGGGCCUCGUCGCCCUGGCCCGGAAACUCGACAUAAACCUCGUAGUGCCCGGGCCCGAGGCGCCCCUCGUGGAUGGCGUUGAGGGCUAUUUCCGUGCUGCCGGAAUCCCUUGUUUCGGUCCUUCCAAGGAGGCCGCCCGUAUGGAGGGUAGCAAGACUUUCUCCAAGGACUUCAUGAAGAAGCACAACAUUCCGACCGCGGCCUACGAGAACUUCUCCGACUACGAACAGGCUCGCGCCUAUUUGGAUACUAUUAACCACGAUGUGGUGAUCAAGGCCAGUGGCCUGGCUGCCGGGAAGGGAGUUAUCAUCCCGCAGAAUAAAGGGGAGGCGAUGGAUGCUCUGAAGGAUAUCAUGCUCGACAAGGCCUUCGGUUCUGCCGGAGACGAGCUCGUUAUCGAGGAGUUUCUGACCGGAGACGAGCUGAGCAUCUUGUCGUUUUGUGAUGGAGAGACGAUCAAGUCGCUACCACCUGCCCAAGAUCAUAAGCGGAUAGGCGAUGGCGACACUGGCCCCAAUACUGGCGGCAUGGGCUGCUAUGCGCCUACGAACAUUGCCACCCCUGAACUCAUCAGCCGCAUCGAGGCCGAGGUUCUCCGGCCCACCAUCGACGGCAUGCGGAAAGACGGCAUGCCUUUUGUUGGCUGCCUCUUCACCGGACUGAUGAUUACCCCCGAUGGGCCCAAGGUCCUCGAGUACAAUGUCCGCUUCGGAGACCCCGAAACACAAACGAUGCUUCCCCUCCUGAAGGACGAUCUCGCAGACAUCAUGCUGGCCUGCACAAACGGGCUUCUGCGUUACGUUCCCGUCACCGUGGCGGCCGAGUUCAGCGCCACAGUCGUCGUUGCUGCCGGGGGCUAUCCCGAUGCGUACGCCAAGGGCACUCCCAUGAAGGUCGAGCCUCCCCCGGCCGGUAUCAACAUAUUCCAUGCUGGCACCAAGCAGUCGAGCGAUGGGGCGCUGCAGACUUCCGGCGGCCGAGUCAUUGCAGCCACCGCGACCGCCGACAGUCUGAAAUCGGCGGUUGCUAAGGCUUAUGAGGGUGUAAAACUCAUUCAGUUCGAUGGCAUGUAUUACCGCAAGGAUAUCGCACAUCGGGCGUUCCGCAACCGCGACGACGCGCCCACAUCCGAGUCUCUCACCUAUGCGCAAUCCGGCGUGAGCAUAGAUGCCGGGAACGAACUCGUCCAGCGGAUCAAGAAAGCGGUGGCCUCCACGCGCCGGCCCGGUGCCGACGCUGAGAUCGGCGGCUUUGGAGGCGAGGUUGACCUGUCGCAGGCCGGCUAUCCCGGAGCGCCCAUCGUCGUGGGCGCGAUCGAUGGCGUCGGGACGAAGUUGAUGAUUGCUCAGGCUUUGAACAAGCACGACACCGUCGGCAUCGAUCUGGUUGCCAUGAACGUCAACGACCUUGUGGUCCAGGGUGCCGAGCCGUUCAUGUUCCUUGAUUACUACGGCUGCAGCAAGCUCAACCUCUCGAAUGCCGUGCCCUUCAUCGAGGGAGUCGCCGAGGGCUGCCGGCAGGCAGGUUGUGCUCUUGUCGGUGGCGAGACAGCCGAGAUGCCCGGCAUGUACAAGGAGGAUGACUACGAUGCUGCAGGGGCUGCGAUCGGCGUGAUGACGGCGGGGCAACGCCUCCCGAGACUGGGAGACAUGGUUGAGGGCGAUGUCCUGAUCGGACUUGGCUCGAGCGGUGUCCACUCGAACGGCUUCUCCCUGGCCCGUCGCAUCAUCGAACGGAAGCAGCUGUCAUACACGAAUCCCGCUCCCUGGGAUGGGUCGGGUAGUGGGAAGUCUGUCGGCGAGAGUCUCCUGACACCGACGAGGAUAUACGUCCAGCCCAUACUGAAGGUGUUGCGGUCCCAGCAGGGCCAGGCCCUUAAGGGAUUGGCCCACAUCACAGGGGGUGGUCUAUCCGAAAACGUGCCACGCAUGCUCCCCGCGCACCUGGCAGCGGAAAUCGAUGUCCAGGCCUGGGCUGUCCCUGCCGUCUUCGCAUGGCUGAGGCAGGCGGGCAAUGUCGAGCCGGCCGAGAUGGCGCGGACCUUCAACAAUGGCAUCGGCAUGGUGGCGGCCGUCAGCGAGGAUGGCGCCGCCGGAGUGAUACAGGGGUUAGAAGAGGCCGGCGAGAAGGUCUAUAGGAUCGGCCGGCUAGUCAAGAGGGCGUCCCCCGAGGACGCCGGAUGUGUCCUCUCCGGACUGGACUCGUGGGUGGCCAGCGCAUGAGCAGCAAAUUGCUGUGUUCUUCCCAUAUUAGUCACAGGUCAAUCUAGAACUGGAUAAGAAAACUCGGUUGGUAGUAUGGUCCACUGGCACCUUACCUAGAUCACGAACCGCUCGUGCCGCGAUUAUCUUGCCGGCUUGUUGGUUGCAUCCAUGAGAGGAGGUGAGUGACCCUAAUUAGAGCUGCCAUUAGGUAAGUACACCGUAGAUUGCCGUUUUCGUGAUGCAUUGGCCAAUCAUUGCUACUGUUGAGCUACAGAAUGACGGAUGGAAAAUACUAGAAUAGCGUUCCUUGGCCAAGCACUUGUGGCAAAUAAUAGGCCCUGAAGCGAUCUCCAGA